AUGGAUUUCCUAAAAUCCGCGGUGGCCUCCGCGAUUGCGAAGAGCAGCUCAUUCCCUUACACUAUCGGAGACAGGGUCGACAAUGGCGAUUCGAUCUGGAGCCUUCACAACGGCACGAAGAAGGAAGAUGGCUCUGCGUGUAGUAUCUUCACUUUCGAAAUCGCUCAGAAUAAAUCAUAUUUCCCCCUUGCAAAGAAUGCGCUGCGGAAGUUACGGACAUUAAGACAUCCGGGUGUGAUAAAAGUUCUGGAAACCAUCGAGACGGAAACACAAAUCUACAUCGUUGUAGAGCGAGUUAUCCCCUUAUCAUGGCCAGUUAAGAGGCGGAGUAUGUCAGAGGAAACGAUAAAAUGGGGACUAUACACUAUUGCCUCUACUCUUAAAUUUAUAAACGAAGACGCCUCGUCUGUCCAUGGUGCCAUUAGAGUAUCAUCUAUAUAUACUGGCGAGAGCGGGGAAUGGAAAUUAGCCGGCUUUGAUAUAUUAAGCUCGCUGAAGGAGGACUCCCCGGUGAUAUAUACAUAUGGCAGUAUACUGCCAGAGUCACGGCGGUACAAUCCUCCAGAAAUACUAAAAAGUGGAUGGGAUGUCAUCAAAAGCAACCCACUCUUUGCUGUAGAUGCAUACAAUUUCGGAGCAGGCCAGACUUCGAACAUUCCUCCCAGCAUGCGGCCGAGCUAUAAGAAACUAAUGAACACUAACCCAAAACUACGACUAAGCGUAGCGCAUUUUCUUGAUCAAGGGAAACGCUCAGGAGGGUUCUUCCAAACACCAUUAAUCCGUCUGUCUCAAGAUAUCGAAAGUUUAGGCCUUAAGAGUAACGAGGAAAGAGAACAAUUCAUUAAUGAACUUGAUGAACUUUCCGAUGACUACCCAGAAGAGUUCUUUAAAAUGAAGGUCUUGCCCGAACUCCUCAAAUCCGUUGAAUUUGGUGGAGGAGGCCCAAAAGUUCUCUCAACUAUUUUGAAAGUUGGAGCCAAACUUAGCGAUGAUGAAUACACCCAGAAGCUUACACCUGUCAUCGUUCGGUUAUUUGCAAAUCCAGACCGAGCCAUACGUGUGUGUUUACUCGACAAUCUUCAUCUCAUGAUCGACAGGCUUCCUCAGAGAACUGUGAAUGACAAGAUAUUCCCUCAAAUGGUCACGGGAUUCACAGAUCUUGCGCCGGUAGUUCGAGAACAGACGGUCAAAGCUGUUCUACCAAUUAUAGGGAAACUAUCUGAUCGCACUAUUAACGGCGAACUGGUUCGAUACCUUGCAAAAACUGCCAAUGAUGAACAGCCUGGGAUCCGUACAAAUACCACCAUAUGUCUAGGUAAAAUUGCUAAGAACUUGUCCGCAAGCUCCCGGCCAAAAAUCCUUGUUGCAGCCUUUUCUCGAUCGCUAAGGGAUCCCUUUGUCCAUGCACGAAAUGCUGGUCUUCUUGCUUUGGCGGCAACGUUUGACCUCUUUUCUGAAGAGGAUUGUGCCGUCAAAGUCCUACCCGUAAUUACCCCAGCGCUCAUAGACAAGGAGAAGCUUGUUCGUGACCAGGCAAAUAAAUGUGUAGACAUAUACUUGCAACGGAUUCGUAAAUUUUCUUCAACCAUGGCAGAAACAGCGCUCCCACCCCAAGAACGAGCAGACUCGUCUGUAGCAGCGGCCAGACUACCUAGCCCAGGGAACACAGCAGCAUCCUGGGCCGGAUGGGCCAUCUCCUCAUUUGCGAGCAAAGCAGGAGAAACCAAAGGGGUUAUUGAACCAAUUCAACCAGCCCUGUCAAAGUCCAACGGGAGGCCAGUCGACAAUUCUCUACCACCGUCACGAGCCAGUACCGCAACUCCUACUCUUGCACAAAAUGUUGCACAGUUCUCACAGCCACCGACCGGUGCUGUUAGUCAAGGUGUUCCUGACUUGCUAGAAGACGAGGAGAGCAAUGCUUUUGACGAUUGGGGCGCCAUGGAUGAAGCCAUUGAUGAUGAACCUGACACGCAGGGCCAAGAACCUAUUGUCUUUGAAAAAGCAGCGUCUCCUAGUCCAGCCUUAUCUCCACGCCCUCAGGCGUUUGCGGAUGAUGGGGAGCCUGAUUUUGCAGGAUGGCUAGCCAGUCAAUCAAAGUCCAAGGCAAAGAAUCCAUUACCAAAGGGACUGAAGAAAUCCUCCACAUCAGGGAGCUCCAGCACCAUACAAACUAAACGGACAGAGGUCAAAUCUAAGGCCCCUAUCAAACCAGCAAAGAAAAUCGAUACAAAACCUAAAGAUGAGCCGCUAGAUGAUGACGGAUGGGGAGACGCUUGGGACUAG